AUGGUUUCCUUCAGGAAGAUGGGCUCUCUCAUCUGCUCACGACUCGCCAACCGGAAAUUCGCCUUUGCUCUCGUCACAUUAGCUGUCUGCGCUGCCAAGGGAGUGCACCUUCACAACCACAGAUCUUCGGUGGCUCCCAAGCGCAUGAUCCUCUUCUUCUUUUCAUUCUUCACACAGGACAUCCUUCUCCUGCUCUUUAUCAGACUCCUUCUCAGCCACUGGGUGCCUAGCUUUCCCGGCAAACUUCGCAACCUGGUCUACGUUAUCUCUUCUUACUUAAUAACAUAUAAUGUCUCACUUGGCAUCGUGUCAGUAUCUUUCUACCUAGUCGCAGGCUCCGAGAUUCACUGGCGGAACAUUGGUUUCAUCUCCGACCCAUCGGCCAGAGCAGUCCUCUUCUCAGGCUUCACAGCUUUUCUAGGCGUGUUGUGCCUCUGUCUUUGCCUUAGCGGGGUGCUUCAGACUGCGUGCUAUGGAUUGUUUGGCUGGGGAGCGGAUAUCGUCAACUGGCCCAUCGCGUUUGUUUGGCGCAAACUUUGCUGUUGCACGAGUCGCAGAAACAGCUACCACCAGCUUUCACAAGGAAACACGAAAUACGAUCUGCCACAAUGGAGCGACAAUAGUGACACCGGGUCAAGUCACGACGAGAACUCGGAUGAUGAGUACAAGGAGAAAUCCAGAUCGCCUAAUGCAUCGCCACGACGUUCAUCACGAGGCCUCACCGCAGGCGGUUCUUCGACAUGGAAAUCAAGAUGUGGCCGCGUUCUACGCGUGUUGCCUUACACCAUCGUCAGCAUCCUUUUGACAGCUCUUUUCACCUUGACAUUUAUGAGACCCAAAGACCCGUCACUCAUCUUCCUCUCCUGGACCAGUGGACUUCUGCCAUUUGUGGACUUUGCUUCGACAUCACCAUUCCUGGAUGAUCUUCCCUCGGUUUUCGGAAACGGCAUCCAGCGCAGCUGGGAUGAGCGCACUGCCCUUGUUCGUCCCAAGCCUCUGAGCUGGCUUCCCAAGGACCCGACCUAUGUGAACGGCUUUUGGGAUUGGUACGCCAAUGAGCCUCAUUAUAGCUCUGCAUCCGAUCCUAUGAAGAUUUCGAACUUGGACGAGCCCCUGCGAGAGUCUCUGCGAGGGCAACUGCAGGACAUCAAGAUUCGACACGUUGUCAUCUUGUUUCUGGAGAGCACCAGGAAUGAUGUUUUCCCCAUCAAGAAAGAGGGCCUGAUUUGGAACCGAUUUGCCGACACCUUUCCCGGCAAGAAACUACCCAAGGAGGUUCAAAAUAAACUAGCCAGCUUGACACCAACAGCGAAUUUUCUCACUGGCGAUUAUGAGGACGGAUUCGAGCACGCAAACCAGACGAAGCGUGGCGGAAUUCACUUUACCAACGCACAUACCGCCGGAACAUACACUUUGAAGAGCAUGACCGGCACAGUUUGCGGUGUGGCCCCUCUGGUCGGCGACUUCAACCUCGAGCACAGCCACCACAUUUAUCAGCCUUGUCUACCCCAUAUCCUGGAGGCCAUGAACAAGGCGGAAAACACAGAGACCAAGGAAGACAAGUGGAACUCGUACUUUUACCAAGCAGCAACAACCGAUUACGAUAAUCAGCACAACUUGAUGGCAGCCAUGGGCUAUCCUAGAGAACACACAAUCGGACGGGAGUAUCUCCGUAGCCCAGCUGCUAGACAUGGAGCUGUCACUUUACCCGACAUCAACGAAUUCGCCUUCCAGGAGGAUCCUUUGGAGGACUAUAUCAACGACGUCUUUGACACCGCUGCCAAGGAAAAGAGCCGCGUCUUUCUUACCCAUCUUACAAGUACCAGCCACCACCGAUUCCACAUGCCCAAGACGGAGGAGUAUACACCUUUGGCGAAGGGCCUCGAUAUGAUGUCUCGCUAUAUUAACACCAUUGGAUACGACGACAAAUGGAUCCGAAAGAUUCUCGACGUUCUGGAUGAGCAGGGCAUCGCCAACGAGACGUUGGUGAUUCUGCAGGGCGACCACGGCACUUCUUUACCCGAAAACGACUACGCUUCGCCAUACUACAACCCCAAUAUCGGCGUCGAUCACGUCCCCCUGAUUCUCUCACACCCCCAACUGCCACCAUUUAACGUGGACGACGCCGUCCACUCGACACAAGUCCUCCCCACCAUUCUCGACAUUCUCCUGGAAACAGGCUCUCUCAGCGAAACAAGCCGCAAGGCAGCUUCCGACCUGAUCCGCAACUACGAAGGCCAAUCCCUCCUGCGGCCUUUGAUCACCGCCAACAAGACCUCCGGACAAGGACAGUGGCAGUUCACAGUUACGAACCCCGGCCGAGCUAUGCUCACAGUUCGCGACGCGCGGUAUCCCGACCGCCAUCUCGUGGUGCCCGUGAUCGAGAACGUGGAUUGGAGAUUAACGGAUCUGAGCGUCGAUCCGCACGAGCACGAUUCUGUGCAGGCUUUGGAUUUUGAGUCUUUUAUACAUAGCGUGGAAGAAAAAUACGGCCGCGAAAUGGCGGAGUGGGCUGAGGAGGGUGCUUUUGUUACGAGAUGGUUUGUUAAAGAGAAUAGCAGGCGUUGGCGGUUCGAUCACCAGGGGUGA